AUGCGUAAAAAUACAACUCAAUGCGACCUUUUUGCCAUUCUCUACCUCUAUCUGCCCCUUGCUUUCGAUUAUGGAAACGUGCGCGUGCUUUGUGCCACUGGUUGGACGAUUUCUCUCGAGGGCGUGCGCGUGUCUCUUCGACUUGGAGAUGUCCCCAUGUGCUAA